GAAGACAUUAAAGCGGGAUAUAUCAUCCUCAUGAAUCGUGAUUUUCUAAAUGACCUUUGUGUCGCGGCUGAGAAAGACUAAACAGUCGAAAUCCCACAUCCAACCACCCAUCAAAGCUAACGUCUUUUGAUUGCCAAAAGGCUCCUAAAGCAGAGAAGCCUCGCAGAUUGAUAAUGGCUUUUAUAUAAAUGCAGCGUGGGUUUCGAGUGGGAUUCACGUAUCCACAUGCACAUUCGCUAAUCCCAGGGCUCUGCUCCUCCUCGUCAGCAUCUCGCCUUCUCUCUCUCUCUCUCUGUUUCCCUCAAUGGAAGGUGACGAGAUUCUGUGUUAGGCUUGGGUUCACUUUCGUCCCUUAAAGCCAAGAGAUCGUUUUUUGAUCGGCAAAGUGGAAAAGAUUUGGUCUUGCAGCUGCUCUCGCUCUCUCCCCCAAGGGUGGAUUAUUGAGAAAGGAAGUGAGUGCUCCUGUUUGCAUAUUGUUCUUCAAGCACAUCGCACUCAUAUUAAAAACAUGAAUGCGUUAGCAGCUACCAAUAGGAACUUCAAGCUAGCGGCUCGGCUGUUGGGGUUGGACUCUAAGCUUGAGAGGAGCUUGCUUAUUCCUUUUAGAGAAAUCAAGGUUGAGUGUACUAUUCCCAAAGAUGAUGGAACACUGGCUUCCUAUGUCGGAUUCAGGGUUCAGCAUGACAAUGCUAGGGGCCCGAUGAAGGGAGGAAUCAGAUACCACCCAGAGGUUGACCCAGAUGAGGUGAAUGCUUUGGCUCAAUUGAUGACAUGGAAGACAGCAGUAGCAAAUAUACCGUAUGGCGGAGCUAAAGGUGGCAUAGGAUGUGACCCUGCAGGAUUGAGCAUUUCUGAGCUGGAACGCCUCACCAGAGUUUUCACCCAGAAAAUACACGACCUGGUUGGAGUCCACACUGAUGUUCCAGCACCUGAUAUGGGAACGGGUCCUCAGACGAUGGCAUGGAUUCUGGAUGAGUACUCGAAAUUUCAUGGCUACUCCCCUGCGGUAGUGACUGGAAAACCGAUUGAUCUUGGUGGAUCUCUGGGGAGAGAUGCAGCUACUGGAAGAGGAGUUCUUUUUGCAACUGAGGCCCUGCUGAACGAAUACGGAAAGAGCAUCUCUGGGCAGCGGGUUGUUAUACAGGGUUUCGGUAAUGUGGGUUCAUGGGCUGCCCAACUCAUCAGUGAGAGUGGUGGAAAAGUCGUAGCUGUAAGUGACAUUACAGGAGCCAUCAAGAACAGCAACGGAAUUGACAUUCCGGCCCUACUCAAGCAUGUCAAGGAAACAAAGGGAGUCAGAGGUUUCCACGGUGCUGACGUGAUAGAUCCCAAGUCAAUAUUGGUUGAAGAUUGCGACGUUCUCAUUCCCGCCGCCCUAGGUGGUGUCAUAAACAGGGAAAAUGCAAAUGACAUCAAGGCCAAGUUUAUCAUUGAAGCGGCUAACCAUCCGACUGACCCUGAGGCCGAUGAGAUCUUAGCGAAGAAAGGCGUGGUCAUCCUUCCCGACAUAUAUGCAAACUCUGGUGGAGUUACCGUCAGUUACUUUGAGUGGGUCCAGAACAUACAAGGUUUCAUGUGGGAUGAAGAGAAGGUGAACGAUGAGCUGCGGACCUACAUGACCAAGGGCUUCAAGGCGGUGAAAGAGAUGUGCAAGACCCACGCCUGCGAUCUCCGCAUGGGCGCCUUCACUCUCGGGGUCAACCGCGUUGCCCGGGCCACGGUCCUCCGGGGCUGGGAGGCCUGAAGAUUUGCUGCCCACCCGAAAUAAGGAAAAAGACAGGAGGCUCUGCUUCAUAUUCAAGCUCUUUUGAAUUGCCAUCUUCUUGAUAUUUUGUCAGUGGUUUUAUUUUGCUGUGAUUUGUGUUUUUGACUUCAUCUGAGACUCUGAGCGAGAGUGAGGAGAUCAAAUUCGGUUGUACUUUUGCCUGCUAUGAUCACUAGAGUAGCAAGGUUCAUUCCCACUCUAAUAAUGCCUGGAUAGAUCACGAAGUAAUUUGCAAUUGCGGGACAGGCGAAGAAAAUUCCAUUCGGGUAACUGUUUUAACUGUCAAUAAUGUUUAGAAUUGACAUGCUCUCCGUUGGUAGUA